AUGGAAUAUACGGAACCCACAAACAAAACAUCAGUCUCAGAAUUCUUUCUCCUGGGACUGACAGAUGAUCCAGAACUGCAGCCCCUCAUCUUCAGCCUGUUCCUGUCUAUGUACCUGGUCAUCAUCCUUGGAAACCUGCUCAUCAUUCUGGCCAUUAGCUCUGACUCCCACCUCCACACCCCCAUGUACUUCUUUCUCUCCAACCUGUCCUUCAGUGAUAUCUGUAUGAGCACCACCACUAUCCCAAAGAUGCUGGUGAACAUCCAAACACAGAGUCGGAGUAUCUCUUACACAACCUGCUUCACCCAGGUUACUUUUGUCUUAAUUUUUGCAUACCUGGAAACCUUUCUCCUUGCAGUAAUGGCUUAUGACUGCUAUGUGGCCAUUUGUCAUCCCCUGAGGUAUAGGGUCAUCAUGAGCCCCCACCUCUGUGUCCUGCUUGCUCUGCUCUCUUUAUUGUUUAGCAUUGGAGAUGCCCAGCUCCACACUCUGAUGGCACUGAGGUUGUCCUUCUGCACAGACCUGGAAAUCCCUCACUUCUUCUGUGAACUUGCUCAGGUCAUCAAGCUUGCCUGUUCUGAUGCUCUCAUUGAUAACAUCCUGGUUUAUGUUUCGCUUUGUGUAGUUGGUGGUAUUACUCUUGGUGGAAUCUUUUUCUCUUAUAUCCACAUUGUGUCCUUUGUUUUAGGAAUGCCAUCACAGGGAAGAAAGUAUAAGGCUUUUUCCACCUGUGGGGCUCACCUGUCAGUUGUGUCCUUGUUCUAUGGCACAGCUUGUGUGGUGUACCUUAGCUCUGCAGUGACAGACUCCCCCAGGAAGACUGCAGUGGCUCCAGUGAUGUAUUCUGUGGUCCCACAAAUGCUAAAUCCCUUUAUCUACAGCCUAAGGAACAGAGAAAUGAAGGAAGCCCUGAGGAAAUUCUUUGACAGAAUAUGUUCUUUUCGUGUUGUUUCAUUGGCUUUGUUCCUACAAGACUAA